UAAACUGAGAGUAUCAUGGAAGAAUACAUUCGCGUCGCAGUAGUGCCAGAAAUUUUUACAUACUAUGAAAAGACCGAUUAUAAACUUGUCAACUUUGAGUUGCUGCCAUUGGAAUCGGAUGUACACGGUUUCUCCGCAAAUUUACUUGAUUUAAACUUGAGUAUCCUGGUCGAAAAAGAUGGAAUUUUGACUGAAGAAAUUUACUCCCUGAUCGUAAAAUGUAUGAAAGACGAUCCCAUAAGGCAAAAAUACAUGGAGAGUUGGAUUCAAUUUUCCAAUGAAACUCAUCUUUACCGUACCAUCUGUCCAAUAUUCAAGAAACUGAUUGACCAUGGAAAUUUCAAGUUAUUCCCAGAUUGUCCUUACGCUGUGUUGAAAAACGUUAAGUCGAAAGAAAGUAUGGAUCCAGCGGAUGGUAUCGUGAUUCUUGAGAAUCUGACAAAAGAAGGGUAUAAAUUAACGCAGCAAAAAUUUCUUGAUCUCGAACACUGUGUAAGUGCGAUAGAACACUUGGGAAGAUGGCACGCACUGUCUUUGAUUAGUAAAGAGCUGAACCCGGAAGAAUUUAAUAACCAAAUACUGCCUGGACUAAAAGAAUGUACCUGGACUGAAAAAUCAGGUUCCAUAGUUCGUAAACUUAUUGCCGAGUGUAUAAAAGAACGACUUUUCAACAAUGCAAAAUAUGAAGAAAAUUCGCAAACCUACAAGGCAAUGAAAAUACUGGAAAGAAACAUAGAGAAUAUCGCAGAGGACAUAGAAUCACUUAUAGCGAAAAGCAGGACAUCCAAAUUGAGUGUCGUAUGUCACGGUGAUUACUUUCGAAAUAACAUUCUCUUCAAGUACGAUGAAAAUGAAAGACCAGUGAGCGCAAUUGCGAUUGACUAUCAGUAUCUACGUUUUGGAUCGCUAGCUCUCGACUUGUCACAUUUCAUUUACAUGAAUGCGGAUAGAGAAAUACGCGAACAUUCUUUCACGGAACUGAUAAAGAAGUAUCAUGCCUCUUUGGUAUCAACUAUGAAAGAAGUUUUGAUAUCGGAAACAAAAAGAAACAACUCCAAUCCGAAGUCUUUGGUAUUGCCAUCGCUGGAUUCAAUUUUAGAAGAAUUUCACCAAUUCGGUGUCUUUGGUUUGAUUCAUGGACUUUUUUUUUUACCAUACGCAAUGGUUACUGAAAAAGAAAUACAACAGUUACUUAAGAUUUCUCAGAACAUGGAAAGCAGUGAAUUUCGUAAUGCCAUGUAUUCUAUCGGAGGUGACGCCAGCACAAAUGCGAUAAUUCAAAUGUUCGAUACAGCUGUUAAACUGGAUCAAGUUAUUAUAGAAUGA